AUGAAAUUCUUAACUGUCUUAUUAAUUGUAAUUGUUGUAUUAUCAUGCUUAUUUUCAACAUCAUUGGCAACCACCAAAGCUUCAAUUGCAAGAUGUGAUGAUUGUAAAAAUGCAUUAAGAACUGUUGAUUCAAAAUUACCAGGAAAAAGAUCAAGAGAACAAAUUGAAAAUUAUCUUCAAGGAGCUUGUCAACAAGCUACUGCAAUUGUUCCACUUCCUGAAUUACCUAUUUCACUCCCAGUUCCAAUAUGUUCAUUAAUUACUGCCCAUCGUAGUGAAUUAGUUCAAGGAUUAAUUGAAAGAAAAGAAUAUACUUCCAUUUGUAAAAAUGCUAAAUUAUGUUAA